GGGACGUAGGCUUCAGUAUAAAACCGUACGGGUUGACGUCAGCAUCCUCUUCCCUGCCUAUGCCCUAGAGAGGUGGGCAGUGUAACGCUUGUGUCCUUUCUUUAACGAAGCGAAUCCUCAACCAUCCACCAAAAUGGUGAACUUCACCGUAGACCAGAUCCGUGCCAUCAUGGACAAAAAGUCCAACAUCCGUAACAUGUCUGUGAUUGCGCACGUGGACCAUGGGAAGUCCACCUUGACCGACUCGCUGGUGUCGAAGGCUGGCAUCAUCGCCUCCUCCCGCGCUGGGGAGACCCGUUUCACCGACACCCGAAAGGAUGAGCAGGAGCGUUGCAUCACCAUCAAAUCCACUGCAAUCUCCAUGUUCUACGAGCUCAGCGAAAACGAUAUGGCCUUCAUCAAGCAGACCAAGGAUGGCUCUGGGUUCUUGAUCAACCUGAUCGAUUCCCCGGGGCACGUGGACUUCUCUUCUGAGGUCACGGCCGCCCUCCGUGUGACUGAUGGCGCUCUGGUUGUGGUGGACUGUGUGUCCGGUGUGUGCGUGCAGACGGAAACCGUGCUGAGGCAGGCCAUCGCCGAGCGCAUCAAGCCCGUGCUGAUGAUGAACAAGAUGGACCGGGCCCUGCUGGAGCUGCAGCUGGUGCCCGAGGAGCUGUACCAGACCUUCCAGCGCAUCGUGGAGAACGUCAACGUCAUCAUCUCCACUUACGGCGAGGACGAGACCGGGCCCAUGGGCAACAUCAUGAUUGACCCCAUUAUCGGUACCGUCGGGUUCGGGUCCGGCCUCCACGGCUGGGCCUUCACCCUGAAGCAGUUUGCGGAGAUGUACGUGGCCAAGUUCGCGGCCAAGGGAGAGUCUCAGCUGGGGCCAAUGGAGCGCUACAAGAAGGUGGAGGAUAUGAUGAAGAAACUGUGGGGUGAAAGGUACUUUGACCCCGCCACCGGUAAGUUCAGCAAGUCCGCAACCAGCCCCGAUGGCAAGAAGCUUCCCCGUACCUUCGCCCAACUCAUCCUGGACCCAAUCUUCAAGGUAUUCGACGCCAUCAUGAACUUCAAGAAAGACGAGACCGCCAAGCUGAUCGAGAAGCUGGAGAUCAAGCUGGACGCCGAGGACAAGGAGAAGGAGGGCAAGCCCCUGCUGAAGGCCGUGAUGCGUCGCUGGCUGCCCGCCGGGGAGGCCCUGCUCCAGAUGAUCACCAUCCACCUGCCCUCCCCCGUCACCGCCCAGCGCUACCGCUGCGAGCUGCUGUACGAGGGACCCCCCGACGAUGACGCCGCUAUGGGCAUCAAGAACUGCGACCCCAAGGCACCCCUGAUGAUGUACAUCUCCAAGAUGGUGCCCACCACAGACAAGGGCCGCUUCUACGCCUUCGGCCGCGUCUUCUCCGGCUGCGUCUCCACCGGCCUCAAGGUGCGCAUCAUGGGACCAAACUUUACCCCCGGCAAGAAGGAGGACCUGUACUGCAAACCCAUUCAGAGGACCAUCCUGAUGAUGGGGCGCUACGUGGAGCCCAUCGAGGACGUGCCGUGCGGGAACAUCGUGGGCCUGGUGGGCGUGGACCAGUACCUGGUGAAGACCGGGACCAUCACCACCUACGAGCAAGCCCACAACAUGAGGGUGAUGAAGUUCAGCGUCAGCCCCGUGGUGCGGGUGGCCGUGGAGGCCAAGAACCCGGCCGACCUGCCCAAGCUGGUGGAGGGCCUGAAGCGCCUGGCCAAGUCCGACCCCAUGGUGCAGUGCAUCAUCGAGGAGUCCGGUGAGCACAUCGUCGCCGGCGCCGGGGAGCUGCAUCUGGAGAUCUGUCUUAAGGACCUGGAGGAGGACCAUGCAUGCAUUCCACUCAAGAAAUCGGACCCGGUGGUGUCUUACAGAGAGACCGUGAGCGAGGAGUCCGACAUCAUGUGCCUGUCCAAGUCUCCCAACAAGCACAACCGUCUGUACAUGAAGGCUAGGCCCUUCCCCGACGGCCUGGCCGAGGACAUCGAGAAGGGCGACGUCACCGCCCGGCAGGAGAUGAAGGCCCGCGCCCGUUACAUCGCAGAGAAGUACGAGUGGGACGUGGCCGAAGUCCGCAAGAUCUGGUGCUUCGGGCCCGACGGGACCGGACCCAACCUGCUGGUGGACGUGACCAAGGGGGUGCAGUACCUCAACGAGAUUAAGGACAGCGUGGUGGCCGGGUUCCAGUGGGCCACCAAGGAGGGUGUCCUCUGUGAGGAGAACAUGCGCGCCGUGCGUUUCGACAUCCACGACGUCACCCUGCACGCAGACGCCAUCCACCGUGGAGGCGGCCAGAUCAUCCCCACCGCCCGCAGAGUGCUGUACGCCAGCCAGCUCACGGCCGAGCCUAGGCUCAUGGAGCCCAUCUACCUGGUCGAGAUCCAGUGCCCAGAGCAAGUUGUCGGAGGCAUCUACGGUGUCUUGAACAGGAAGCGUGGACACGUGUUUGAAGAGUCCCAAGUAAUCGGAACCCCCAUGUUCAUCGUCAAGGCUUACCUGCCUGUCAACGAGUCCUUCGGAUUCACCGCUGACCUGCGUUCAAAUACUGGCGGCCAGGCAUUCCCACAGUGCGUAUUCGACCACUGGCAGAUCCUCCCUGGGGAUCCCAAAGAUCCCUCCUCCAAGCCUUGCGGGAUUGUUGCUGAUACCAGGAAGCGCAAGGGGUUGAAAGAGGGCAUCCCUGCUCUGGAUAACUACCUGGACAAAUUGUAAUGGCCACCCCUAACCUCUCCACACCCUGUUGUAACAAGUGAAGGGGAAAAGGACAAUACAACACCAUGAGCACUAUUACCUUUUGCCAAAAGUAUAAUAAAAGAUUCCAGAUCAAUUUAAAAAGCAAUCUGAAAAAAAAAAACUGUAAACAUCAAUAAAGGAAAAUAAAAAUUGCAA